GUGACGUCAGUUGCACCUCGGACUGCCUCGGGCGAGCCCCUCACUCCAUCGUUCAUGUGUUGCUGGAUGCGCUGUUGGUGAAAGGAGCUGCGCUAUAGCUCCGUGUGUACGCAAUUUAUUAGCUAAUCAUGGGGAACAAAAUAUCCCGCCCGACUCGCCCGAGCUGACGAACUCGACGCAGAGUGGAUUCGGAGACGUCGCUUGAAUGCGAAAGUCGACAUGUUGUCCCGAAGGUCGACACAUUGGAUCGCCCGAUCCAACGGUUACCACGGCUGGCGUAGGCCAUCGAGCUUCAGGUUUAAAAGGAAGCCCACUGGCAUAGCACUCAUCCGCCAGAGCAGCACCUCCAAGUCCAUGCCAAACCCAUACUGGACGUCCAAACUCACUAACUCACUGGAGCGUCUUCAGAGCAAGACACACCUAAAGUUUAACGCCCGGGUGUUAUUUGACAGCAUAGCUGCCUUCAGAGACGCCCAUGUUCGAAGGAUAGUGUUAAUGUUGCGUAGCAAUGCUUCCAUGACGCAGCCCAGAUUGCAGAGCGGGGCAAGUGCUCGCGACCUCGUACUGCAGGACACAAUGCAGAGCUCCACAGCACAAGACUGCAGAACUACAGAUGUUGAAGAUACGAAGCGCACGUCGACCUUAGGAGGUCAAAUUGAUUUGUGGCGAGAACUUCUUCAUAGAGCCAUCAGCUCGGGUCAAAGAGUCGAAGAUAGUCAGAUGAUGCGGCUUGGUGUACAAAUGGCGAAGGACAAGUCUUCGGGCGAUGCCGAAGAAAUUAUGGUCAAGGAACCCGCGAAGAGUGAAGCUUCCUGGCAGGAAUUCGCGAAGGCGCAAGAGUCCGAGGUGAACAAGAUUCUGUCCGAGAUGGAACUUGCGCAAGACCACAAGCCCGAGCCGCAAAAGGAGGACACUGCUGCUACAGACGCCAAGAGCAAGCUGCCUGCUAUGUCUCAGGUGGAAAUCGACCGAACAUCGCGCAUCCUCCUCAAGUCAGUGGUGGUGGCCUCGUCGCCCGCAUCGCAAGUGGCGCGACUGGAGGAGCUCAACAACCACAUUCUCGACUAUCCCAGCAGCCUGUGCAUACUCGCAAAGGAACGAGCUAUCGCCCACAUCCUCCGUAUGCGAGAAUACUCCAACAACAGCUCCGUCGUGGCCACAGCACGCGAGACCCUGGCCCUGCUGGGCUAUGUUGACCCGCCAACGGGAAGGGGCCUGCGUAUUCUCUCCAUCGAUGGUGGAGGCACAAGAGGCAUCCUGGCCAUCGAGUUCCUACGACAGCUGGAAAUCUGUACGGGCCGGCGGGUGUACGAGCUGUUUGACUAUGUGGCCGGCGUGAGCACGGGCGCCAUCCUGGGCUACCUGCUAGGUGGCAUGCACACCUCGCUGGACCGGUGCGAGUUGCUGUACCGCAAGAUGAGCCUCGAGGUGUUCACCCAGAACGCCUGGUGGGGCACGGGGCGCCUGGUGUGGAGCCACGCCUACUACGACACCUCAUACUGGACCGAAGCCCUCAAGCGAGUCUUCGACGAGAAGACCUUGUUGGAGACAACAAGGAAUUCAUGCACUCCAAAGGUGGGAGCCAUAUCGGUGGCCGUGAAUAAGCCGACUCUGAAGCCGUACAUCUUCCGCAACUACAACUUCCCACACCGAGUGGAGUCGCACUAUUACGGCAGCUGCAAGCACAAGAUGUGGCAGGCGAUCCGGGCAUCGGGUGCUGCACCUGGGUACUUCGAGGAGUAUGACCUCGACGGCUUUGUACACCAGGAUGGUGGCCUGAUGUGCAACAACCCGACAGCCGUGGCCAUCCACGAGGCCAAGCUGCUCUGGCCCAACGAGCCGAUCCAGUGCGUGGUGUCUCUGGGCGGAGGCCGCUUCAUCCCGGAGGUCAAGGAACAGGAGCAGGGAUUCACGUCACUCAAAAAGAAGAUCCUCAAGGUCAUCGACAGCGCCACCGACACCGAAGCGGUUCACACUACGAUUCAAGACCUGCUUCCUCCAAACGCCUACUUCCGUUUCAAUCCAUACCUCUCGGAGUGGAUCACCCUGGACGAAAACCGUGCGGAGAAGUUAGACCAACUCAAACAGGACGCCCAGAUGUACCUGAGGCGCAACUCCGAAAAGUUUGACUCAGCCGUCAAAAGUCUACUGACGAAGCGAGGGCCAGUGCAGAAGGUCAACGACUGGUUAAAAAUGCAGUUGACUAUUAAGUGGUGAUGGCGAUGAGUUAACAAACAUGCAUAAUGUGCGGACGUGGAGAACCAUGAAAACAAAUGCAUGCAAUCUGAGCGAAUGGUCUCUAUUGUAAGACUGCCUGUGUCAAAUUUUUCUUUUUAAUUUUGCUAUGUUUUGAGAAUUGGAGUGUUGAUCAUAAAUGUUAGGCAAGUGAUUUGAAGAAAUUUCUACCCUAAGCCAAAGGCUUGUGAAUGUAAGUGUGGUUUUCUAUGGAAAUAGUUCUGUUAAAGCGAUAUGCGCAUAGUAUGAAUGACUGUUUGCACGACUAAUCGAUCGAGUGCCACCUAUGAGGUGCUUACGCCACCCUGAUUUGUCAAUGACGUAGACGUAUACAGCUACAACGUACUUAAAACUACUACCGCACAACUCUCGUACUUUUGUUAUGUAGCAAGGCAACUUGCCCAGCACAGCCGUUAGUUAAUGUACAUCCUCUACAAGCUUUUAAAUGUAAAUUAUUUCAUGCGAGCUUCACUAGUCAAUCUGCAGGCCUCUGUCAGUCUGCACGCAUUGUGUUGUGUGCAAACAGGCAAGUUUGUUGUUGGGGACUAGACGUUGUCUUGUCUCCAAACACUGUAAAUAAAAUAAUGUUGCCUGUUUU